GGCUGCACACUGUUUUGAUUGUCAGUGUGAAGCUCCACCAGCUGAUUAUAAGAGUUUAAUACAGUACUUUUAACAUUAUAUCAAAAACUAAUACGGAUGAUGGAGAAGAUGAGUGAAGAGAACAUGGAGGAGGUGAGGGUGCUGGAGGCUCAGAUUGAGCUUCUUCAGGCUGAAGUUUCAGCGUUGCUGCAACAACAGCAGGACAACCAGAAGGACAUAACGUUCAACUUCAGAGGACAGAUGCAGGAUGCCAUGUCGUAUAUGUGUGGAAAGAGACAAGGAGACGAGAAGGAGAAGGUGCUGUCCAGGCUGAAGGAGGAGGUGGAGGAGCUGGAGGAGGAUCUGAAGCUGCAGACACAGAUUAAUGGCAUCAGUCUGAACAGCUGCACCACAAAGACUCUGCAGAGCGGCGGCAGAAAGCUGGUCAAGCAGCUCUGUGUAUCAGGUCACUGCUCUGAACUGGUCUUCCAGGUGGAGUUCAAGCUCUCUGAGGUCAAGGAGGGUUCAGGUUCAGGAUCUGCGAGGACGAUCAGUGAUCUGAACGUGGUGAUGGACGCCAGCGACCUGCAGAGCUUCAGCAGUUUCUUGUCUGGGGUGGAGGAGAGCAGGGACCUUCUGCUGUUCUUCAGGACUCUCAGGACCUUCUCAGACCGAUGUGACGACCGACGCAGAACCUUCCAGCAUUUCCAGGAGAAGUAUCCAUCCGUCGUCUCUCUUCGUGACCCUGAGGUCAUGACCCUGAACCACCCUCAGCUUUCUGGCUGCGUCUUGUUCGUCCAUUGGUCGGUGGACGUCUCCAGAGAGGGCGGAGUCUCUCCAAAGAUCGAGCUGCUGACAAAGAUCCCUGAGAGAGCGCUGCAGUUGUUUCCCUCUCAGGCUGUAGGCGGCGCCGCUGAGGCCUUUCAGAGCCUGCUGAGGAUUCUGGGAGCAGAAGCGGCGGUGGAGUCGGUCAUCAUGGCGGUCUCACAGGACACACAACUCGCAUCUUCAUCCCUGUGCUCAACAUCUUACUGAAAUGUAAAACGUGACAGAAGAAUCUAUCGUUUCCCUUCACGAAGCUUUUCUACGAAUACAAGUAAAGAAA